UGCGUUAACUGGGGAGCCUCCGCCGGGCGGGCACGUGCGCCCAGCGGAACUGAGGGGUCGAACGCCGGGAUGGAGAAGUGCCGUUAGCUCGGGAGGAAUGGAAUUUUCUUGGCCCAAAGGAGAAUGAAAAGUGCUUUUAUGAGACCAAAAGAAGUACUAAGGAUUUUGGAGAGAUCACAUUGUAACAAUAAAGAGUUGCUGGCAACUGAAGAUUCAUUUCAUGUUUCUUAAAUCUUGGUUGUCGUUGGAAAUUUAAUUGUGCCCCUAAUUCAGCAUGGAAUCUGGCACUUCCCCCAAGAGCAACGUAAUAAAUUGGGGAAUUCAGUUCUAGGACAGCAAGUUCAUAAUGUUCUAUUCUAGCCUCAAUUUAGUGCAAUUAAUGUUCUAAUUGUUUUUUGAAGCAUAACAUACAUGCAUUCAACUACUUCAAAGAAUGGAAGAAGAAAAAACUGUUUAUACUGUGCCUGGCACAUCUGAAUGUCUGGAUGUGGAGACCCUUAGCAGUGUCAGUGGCGAGAGAGGUGAAGGUGAUGCACAGAUGUUUUGGAGGCAAAUGGAAGAUGAAAGAGUGGACUUCAUAUUUGAGCGAGUGCAAAACGUAUUGCUGUCUCUGAAACAGAAGAUCAAGGAUGGAACUGCAACAAAUGAAGAAUGCUUCCAAGCUUUGAUACUGGUGGAUAGAGCUGAUGGAACCAAUCUCUUAGCAUUGACAAAUGUAAACGAUGUGACUACUGAAGAUGGGAUACAGAAAAGCAAACCUAGGUUACAGCCUUCUAUAUCAAAUGAAAAUACAACAGGUUCUCCUUUAAUGGAGGCAAAAGAAAAAUCACACUUGGGGAAUGAAGACGUAUGUAGUGAAACAAGGGAGUUACCUUUAAAGCUAUGUUACCAGAAUCAUGACUGCUCUAAUGUAUGUCUUGCCAACAGACCACUGAACUCAUACAAGGGGGAAAACCCUCUUAAAAUACCAAUCCUGUGUCAUUUCCAGAGACGACAUGCAAAAGCAGACUCGCUUUCAAAGUCACUUGAUGUGAAUUAUAAGGCCCCCUGUGGGAGGAGUCUGAGAAACUUUCAAGAUGUGCAGAGUUACCUGUUUGAAACAGAGUGCAACUUCUUAUUUGUUGAUCACUUUUCUUUCAACACAUACGUACAGCUGGGCAGAAACACUCUGAACCGAGAAGCACUUGUAUUUGAUUUUGAUAUCAGCAAUGGAGCUGAGUCUGUGCCCAUUUCCUUCUGUAAUGAAGUUGACAGUGCAAGAUUACCUUAUUUUAAAUAUAGGAAGGCCUCGUGGCCACGUGGGUACUAUCUGAACAACUUCUCCAGCAUGUUUCUUGACUCAUGUGACUGUACAGAUGGCUGCACAGAUAGGUCAAAAUGUGCAUGCCUACAGCUGACUGCAAAAGGCUGCAGUGAAAAUUCUGCCUCACCAAGUAACAGAGCAUCUUGUGGUUACAGGUAUAAAAGACUGGAUGGACCUGUCCCCAGUGGAAUUUACGAAUGCAACUUAUCGUGCAAGUGUGACAGAAUGAGGUGUCAGAACAGAGUAGCACAGCAUGGCAUCCAAGUUCGGUUGCAGGUGUUCAACACAGACCGGAAGGGCUGGGGCGUCCGCUGUCUAGACGAUAUUGACAAAGGAACCUUUGUUUGCACUUAUUCAGGCAGGUUAAUGAGCAGAGCCGAGCCUCAGGAAACGAGAGAUGUGAAUUGUGAGGCUGAAAAGAAGGAUGCUGUGAAUGACACAAGUCCCAGCUCACUUUCAGUAAAGAGAAAACUGGACACUGCUUGUUCAGAUUCUGAGAUCGAACUUGUCCAGACAGGUAAAGACAGCAUUAGCAGGAGCAGUGAAACUUCAUCUCAGCCUGCGGAGGAUGAAUAUAAACCAGUUGUGGUUCAGAACUAUGGAUAUAAUCCAAGGAAUCUGAGAAUCCCAGCCAUUAGGCCUAAAACCAGAACUGCUAUUCUUCAGACUCGCCGGCUAAAACUGGGACUUGCUACACUGGUGCACGAUGCCAGCUCAGAUGAAGAUGAUAGUUCUCAGCCCCAGCAGUCAACCAAAACGAAACUAACCACUGGAACCAAGAAAGGAAAGGAAAAACCCAACCUGCAGCAAAAGCUAGGAGAACAUGAGGAGGCCAUGCAGUCUGAGCCAAGCACCACAGAUACUGCAAAAUCUAAAGAAAAAAGGCCAUCCCCAGAAGAUGCUAGAGGUGGUAAAUCAGCCAGGCUAGAUGAUGCACAUGUUAUGAAACAGUCCAUGGGCCUACUCCAAAGAGAUGACUUCAAAGAGGAAAAAAAUAGGAGGUCCAAACAAGAUCCUCUUUGUAAUGAGGAGGCAGAAGGUGAUGAGACACCUCUGAAGAAUUCUAAUAAAGACAAUAUUUAUUUAUUGGAUGCCACGAAAGAAGGAAAUGUGGGCCGAUUUCUUAAUCAUAGCUGCUGCCCAAAUCUCUUUGUACAGAGUGUCUUUGUAGAGACGCACAACAGAAAUUUCCCUUGGGUGGCAUUCUUCACAAACAGGCAUGUGAAAGCUGGAACCGAACUCACGUGGGAUUAUGGUUAUGAAGCUGGAAGCAUGCCAGAGACCGAGAUCUCCUGUCAGUGUGGGGUUCAGAAGUGUAAUGGCCUUAAAAAAUUAUUGCAGCUGCCAGCUAAGAAAAAUGAGAUAAUGUGUCUCUCUCCAGGUGACUUCCAGAUAAUGGAGAAGAUGGUGAAAAGGAAGUGUGCAUUUUGUCCAGCAGAUGAAGAGUGUGCUAUAAUGUACAUUGCAGAAAAGCAAAAUCUUGCAGUUCAUCAGGAUUGUUUGUUAUAUUCCUCGGGAUUUGUAGAAUCCGAAGAGCAUAACCCAGAGAAUCAGGAUACAAGGUUUGAUGUGGCCUCAGUUCAGAGUGAAAUCAGGAGAGGAAAGCGGCUGAUGUGCAACUUCUGUCGCAAGAAAGGAGCCACUGUGGGAUGUGAGAUAAAAACCUGCCGGAGGAGUUAUCACUACUUUUGUGCACUGUGUGAUGAUGCAGCGUUAGAAACUGAUGGAGGGCAAGGAAUUUACCGAGUGUUCUGUCCAAAACAUGACCCAGGCAAAAGGAGCAAUCAUUAUGAUGCAGACAAUAAGAGGAACAGGCAUGGAAUGAAAUCUUCAACCUUCAUGGAAAAAAGGAGCACAGAAGAGACAGCAGCAGAAAAUAGUUUACGACUUUUAAGGAAAAAACAUAACAAACACAAAGCAAGAAUAGACUUUCUUAGGAAGUGCAAGCAGGCUGGACUUCUGGAUGGCAUAUUUAAAGAAAUGCUAGACACACUUCACCUUGCAAAGGAAAAACUGAUGGAUGACACCACUUCAGAAACAGAAUACGAGGAAACAGUAAUAUCACUUUUUGACUGUAGCCUGUUUGAAAAUAUACUUACAAAUGUUCAUUCAGGAACAGAGGAAAAACUUCAGGAGCUUCUGGAAACCCGGAAAAGACUGGAUACUCAGAUUGAGCUACUGCAAGAUUUAAAAGAAGUAAUUCCUUUCCAGGAAAAUAUAGCUAGUGCAUCUAGUUCAGUGUCUGAAUAACCAAUACUUCUCUUGAUAUCAACUUCCAUAUUAAAGAUUUUCUACUGACAGAAACGGCAUCUGGUCAGUGUAUAAAAGUGACUUUCAGAGAUAGGGUGCACAGAAAAACAAUUGGGUGUUUUACUCAUAUUUUAUACCUCACUUUUGCAAUAACUUUAUUUGUCCUUUUCCUUUUUAAUUUUUACUGUGGCUCAAGGAGUGAUAAACACUUAAAUUUAAAUACCUUCCGUACAAGCUUUUUUUAAAUACUCCACAAGCCACUUUUUAAAAUCACUCCAGUUGCGGCAGCCCCCUAUCAUGUGAUGUGUCUGAUUCAAUGUCUGCUCAUCAUAGCAGACAAAAUCAUUAUUAAAAAUUGUUAAGGCUUUCCAAAGAGGAAUUUAACAAGACUUGCACUUGAAGAAGCAGAAGGUUUUUUUAAUGAAAUUUUCUCAAUUUACGGUGUGUUAAUGUUUAAGUAGUUCUGUUUUAACUGCAAUGGUGAGAGGUGGUGUCCAUUAGUUGCUUGCAAACACCUGAGGCUGGCUGGUGGUCAUCCUCUGAAAAAUCAUUCUAUGUAAAAUAGUUAGGAAGUCAAAUACUGCAGUAAGAACACUUAUGGCUUCCAUGUGUUAUUUUGUCUUAUUAUAUUAAAAUUGUUUGAAUACAGAAAAGCAGUACAUUUAGUUACAAAAUUGCAAGUUAAUGAAAAACUUGACAAUAAAAUGUUUUUGUAAAGAAAGUUGUGUAUUGAAGAAAACUAGUGACAAAAUCAGUUUAUGCACCAAAAUACUGUUUACAGUACAGCCUUGUAGGUUCUCACUGCUAAUCCACAGCCUUGCUGAUUCUCACAAAACCCCUGGUUUUGUCAUACUUCAUAGCUCAGCUCUAACA